GUUAGAAAAAUAAAUUGUUUGUGUUUUUGUCUUAAAUUCUUUCUUAUUUAAAUUUAUCCAAAUAAAAUUACACAAUAAUUCAAAAUGAAUGCUCCACCAACUUUCGAAUCGUUUCUGCUCUACGAGGGUGAAAAGAAAAUUAUCCGAGAACAAGAUACAAAAGUACCAAACGCUGCUAUUUUUACCAUCAAUAAAGAGGAUCACACACUGGGAAACAUGAUCAGGAAUCAAUUAUUAAAGGACCCUAAUGUACUAUUCGCUGGUUAUAAGCUACCUCACCCCUUAGAACACAAGUUCGUGUUAAGAAUUCAAACUACUUCAGAUUAUUCACCCCAAGAUGCCCUUAUGCAUGCUAUUACUGAUUUGAUUUCAGAAUUAUCCUUGUUCGAGGAACGUUUCAAGGAGGCUAUAAAAGAGAAGAAGGAAGGUUUGGAUUAAGUAUUUUGUAGUAAAUAAAACAAUUUUGAUAUAUAAAAAAUAAAUUUAUUAUAUACAAUAACAAGACACACAAAACAAAUUGAAACUAAUUUUAAUCAAUGAAUAAAUAAUAAUAAAUUAAAUAGUAAGUAUUUAAAACUCCUGGUCUUCUGUACAAUCAACAGUAUCAUGCCCAAAUUCUGUAAAAAAUAAAAUAAAUAUUAUAAGGUACG